AUGAUACUGUCCAAAAUUGAUUUAAGGACUCCAUGGAAAUGUGCCUCUUUCCCUUUCUCUGUGUCUAAAGUGUCUAUCCCUUUCUUUGUGUCCAAAGUGUCUAUCCCUUUCUUUGUGUCCAAAGUCUCUUUCCCUUUCUCUGUGUCCAAAGCCUCUUUCCCUUACUCUGUGUCUAAAGUCUCUAUCCCUUUCUUUGUGUCUAAAGUCCCUGUCACUUUCUCUGUGUUCAAAGCCUCUUUCCCUUACUCUGUGUCUAAAGUCUCUAUCUCUUUCUUUGUGUCCAAAGUCUGUAUCCCUUUCUCUGUGUCCAAAGCCUCUUUCCCUUACUCUGUGUCUAAAGUCUCUAUCCCUUUCUUUGUGUCCAAAUUCCCUGUCACUUUCUCUGUGUUCAAAGCCUCUUUCCCUUGCUCUGUGUCUAAAGUCUCUAUCCCUUUCUUUGUGUCCAAAGUCUCUAUCCCAUUCUCUGUGUCCAAACCUCUUUCUCUGUGUCCAAAGUCUCUAUCCUUUUUUUUUGUGUCCAAAGCCUCUUUCCCUUACUCUGUGUCUAAAGUCUCUAUCCCUUUCUUUGUGUCCAAAGCCCUUUUUCCCUUUCCUCUGUGUCUAAAGUCUCUAUCCCUUUCUUUGUGUCCAAAGUCUCUACCCCUUUCUCUGUGUCCAAAGCCUCUUUUCCUUACUCUGUGUCCAAAGCCUCUUUCCCUUACUCUGUGUCUAAAGUCUCUAUCCCUUUCUUUGUGUCCAAAGUCCCUGUCACUUUCUCUGUGUUCAAAGCCUCUUUCCCUUUCUCUGUGUCUAAAGUCUCUAUCCCUUUCUUUGUGUCCAAAGUCUCUAUCCCUUUCUCUGUGUCCAAAGCCUCUUUCCCUUACUCUGUGUCUAAAGUCUCUAUCCCUUUCUUUGUGUCCAAAGUCCCUGUCCCUUUCUCUGUGUCCAAAGCCUCUUUCCCUUUCUCUGUGUCUAAAGUCUCUAUCCCUUUCUUUGUGUCCAAAGUCUCUAUCCCUUUCUCUGUGUCCAAAGUCUCUAUCCCUUUCUCUGUGUCCAAAGCCUCUUUCCCUUACUCUGUGUCUAAAGUCUCUAUCCCUUUCUUUGUGUCCAAAAUCCCUGUCACUUUCUCUGUGUUCAAAGCCUCUUUCCCUUUCUCUGUGUCUAAAGUCUCUAUCCCUUUCUUUGUGUCCAAAGUCUCUAUCCCUUUCUCUGUGUCCAAAGCCUCUUUCCCUUACUCUGUGUCUAAAGUCGCUAUCCCUUUCUUUGUGUCCAAAGUCCCUGUCCCUUUCUCUGUGUCCAAAGCCUCUUUCCUUUUUCUCUGUGUCUAAAGUCUCUAUCCCUUUCUUUGUGUCCAAAGUCUCUAUCACUUUCUCUGUGUCCAAAGCCUCUUUCCCUUACUCUGUGUCUAAAGUCUCUAUCCCUUUCUUUGUGUCCAAAUUCCCUUCUCUAUCCCUUUCUUUGUGUCCAAAGUCUCUAUCCCAUUCUCUGUGUCCAAAACCUCUUUCUCUGUGUCCAAAGUCUCUAUCCCUUUCUCUGUGUCCAAAGCCUCUUUCCCUUUCUCUGUGUCUAAAGUCUCUAUCCCUUUCUUUGUGUCCAAAGCCUCUUUCCCUUACUCUGUGUCUAAAGUCUCUAUCCCUUUCUUUGUGUCCAAAGUCUCCCCCCCUUUCUGUGUCCAAAGCCUCUUUCCCUUUCUCUGUGUCUAAAGUCUCUAUCCUUUCUUUGUGUCCAAAGUCCCUGUCCUUUCUCUGUGUUCAAAUCCUCUUUCCCUUUCUCUGUGUCAAAGUCUCUAUCCCUUUCUUUGUGUCCAAAGUCUCUAUCCCUUUCUUUGUGUCCAAAGCCUCUUUCCCUUUCUCUGUGUCUAAAGUCUCUAUCCCUUUCUUUGUGUCCAAAGUCUCUAUCCCUUUCUCUGUGUCCAAAGCCUCUUUCCCUUUCUCUGUGUCCAAAGCCUCUUUCCCUUUCUCUGUGUCUAAAGUCUCUAUCCCUUUCUUUGUGUCCAAAGUCUCUAUCCCUUUCUCUGUGUCCAAAGUCUCUAUCCCUUUCUCUGUGUCCAAAGCCUCUUUCCCUUACUCUGUGUCUAAAGUCUCUAUCCCUUUCUCUGUGUCCAAAGUCUCUGUCCUUUUCUGUGUCUUAAGAAAACAACUUCACUUUGUUUUGUGCCUAUUUUCAUUCAUUUUCUUAUCUUGUUUCUGGUUUUUUUUUUGCCUUUUUCUUUGUUUUUACCAUUUCUUUUUUUUGUCCUGUUUUCCUUUUACUUUUCUUUUUUUACUUACUUUUUCUUUCUUUUCCUUUUCCCUCAUCUUCUUUUCCCCUUUCUCUUUCCCUAUUUCCUUUUUCUUUUCAUCCUCUUGUCUGUUUACCUUUUAUCUUUUACCUCUAAUCUUUUCUGUGUUUUUUUCUCUUUUUUUCCUCAUUUCCUGUAUCUUUCCUCCUUUUUUCCUUCUUUUUGUUUUCUUCCUUUUUUCAUUUUCCUUUUCUUUUCCCUUCUUUUCCUUUUCUAUUUUGCCUCCUAUUAAACUGUUCACUUUUCCAUCUUUAAUUUUUUUCCCACUUUUCUUCCCCCCUUUCCCUCCACUUUUCUUUUCAUUUCUCCCCUUUUUACAUUCCUUCCCCUUUUCUUUCUCUUUUCCUUCUUUUCCUCUUCCCCUUUUUGCAUUCCUUCCCCUUUUCUUUCUCUUUUCCUUCUUUUCUUCUUCCCCUUUUUACAUUCCUUCCCCUUUUCUUCCCCUUUUCUUCCCCUUUUCCUUUAUUUACUUUCCCCUUUUCUAUUUUCUCUUCUUUUCCUUUUCCCCCAAGAAAAUUUUGAUGAGAAAUAUACUUAGAAUAUUUAGGAUUCUUCCUGGCUCUGUAUUUGCAGAACACCAUUUUGGUCUGAUUCUACUCAAACAACCUAAUAACAAUCAUAGAGGCUAG